UUCAGGUUCUCUUUAACACCACCACCAAAGAAGGCUAUGAUGCUGACUUUGGCCAAAUUUCUGUUGAUAUCAACUUUAUGUAGUUCACUAUUAUUUGGAAGCUUUGGAAAAGAAAAUUCAGAAAUAAGUACAACACAAAGUAACACCGAAGCCUUACCAAUGAUGAGAAAUGAAACUUUUCCUUUGGAAAACGAAAAAUUAGACAGAGAAAAUAGAGAAACCUCCAAUCCCAACACAAGUAAUUUCCCUGUUUUGGACCUGUUAAGCAAACCCCAUGCAGAAACAACAUUCUCCAGUGACUGGUCCACAGACAACUCUUCUGGAAGUUUAACACCUGCAUCCACAUUUUCCUCAAGCCCUCCCUUGGUCCGUGGCUUUGUUUCUAAAUUGCCUCGGAACUCAGCUGUUGUAAAUGAACAUUCUUUGCCAGUCUCAGGAUCUCCCAAUGCCACACCAUCUGCUGUGCCUUCUGAAAAGUUCACUUCAUCUUUGAAUACUUCAACUAAUGAUACCAUGAAUGCUCCUGACAACAGUUCAAUGACAGUUAGCAUCCUGCCUCCUGUACCAACCAACAUGUCUGUGACUCCCUUGAUAAUGGAACCAACCACUCUGCUUACUACAACCAGCGACAGUUUGGCUGGGUUUACCCCCUAUCAAGAAACAACAACUCCACAGCCCACCCUAAAAUUUACCAAUAGUUCAAAAAUCUUUCCAAAUACUGCAGAUCCCCAAGAAGAGAAUAGAAAUACAGGAGUAGUAUUUGGGACCAUUUUAGGUGCUAUUCUGGGUGCUUCGUUGCUUAGUCUUGUUGGCUACUUGUUGUGUGGGAAAAGGAAAACCAAUUCAUUUUCCCAUCGGCGACUUUACGACGACAGAAAUGAACCAGUUCUUCGAUUAGACAAUGCACCGGAACCUUAUGAUGUGAGUUUUGGGAAUUCUAGUUACUACAACCCUACUGUAAUUGAUUCACCGAUGCCAGAAGGCCCAGAACUUGCACGCGAUGGUAUUCCUAUGGAUGACAUACCUCCACUUCGUACCUCAGUAUAAAAUUAAGGGAAAAAAAGGC